AUGAGCCAUCUUCUUCUACUCCCCCUCUUCUUCUUCUUCCAUCUAUCUUACAGUCAAAUUCUUCCACUAAACAUCUUAAACUCCACCAUUAAAGUUUCCAGCCAUGAAACCUACAUCAUCCACGUCCGGAAACCAAAUUCUGUUCAAACAUUCAAUGCAGAAGAUCAUCGAAACUACCACAAAUCCUUCCUUCCCACCCGCUCCUUAACCUCCGGCGAACCCCGCCUCAUCUACUCCUACCGAACCGCUAUUAGUGGCUUCGCCGCAAAACUCACUUCCGACGAAGCCAUCGCCAUUGAGAAACUCGAUGGCGUCCUCCACACUAUUCCCGACAGACUCCUUUCUCUCCAUACAACCCACAUCUCCGAUUUCUUAAACCUCCGCCCCAAAAGCUGCUUCAUGAAAGACACCAACUUUGGCAAAGGAUCCAUCAUCGGAAUCCUCGACACAGGUAUUUUCCCCACCCAUCCUUCUUUCAAAGACACCGGAAUCUCUCACCCGCCACCCAAUAAAUGGAAAGGUCAUUGCGAAUUCAAACCUGCAAUGUGCAAUAACAAAAUCAUUGGAGCUAAAUCUUUCGUCCAUGGCCGAAAGGACCCGCCUUUUGAUUCCGACGGUCACGGCACUCAUACCGCCAGUAUCGCCGCCGGUUGGCUCGUCAAAAACGCCGGCGUGUUGGGAAACGCAAGGGGAACGGCUUCAGGGUUAGCCCCCGCCGCCCAUCUCUCUAUCUACAGAGUAUGUCAAGCUAACGGUUGUUUAGCUAGCGAUGUGUUGGCUGGUAUCGAUCAAGCUAUAUCUGACGGCGUUGAUGUCCUCUCUAUCUCUCUCGGCAGCACCGCCAUUCCUUUCUAUGACGAUGCCGUCGCCAUUGGAGCCUUGGCAGCCGUUGAAAGAGGGAUUUUUGUUAGCAGUUCAGGAGGGAACGCCGGCCCUAUUCCGGCUACUGUGGAGAACGACGCUCCAUGGAUGCUUACUGUCGGCGCCGACUCAACAGACAGAUCAAUCCGCGCCACCGUUCUGCUGGGAAGCGGAGAAGAGUUCAACGGCCAAUCUUCUUACCAGCCCGUUGGAUUCACCUCUGUUUUACUUCCGAUAGCUUACCCUGGAGCACGAGGAGGAUCCAGAGCAAAGACCUGUAGCGAUGGAUCUCUGAAUCGACUCAACGUCAGGGGAAAAAUCGUUCUUUGCCACACCGGCGGAUCGAACACCAGUAUAGAAAAAGGCGCCGUUGUUACGAAAGCCGGCGGUGUUGCCAUGAUUCUCGUUAACGAUGAGAUGCGGCGGAGCACGGUAGAAGCUGGAGUACAUGUGCUGCCGACGGCCGCCGUCGGGUAUUCCGAGGGCGCUAGGAUUGUCGAAUACGUUACAUCGACGGCAAACCCGACGGCCACGAUUCAUUUCAAGGGGACGGUCUACGGGGCAUCGCCGGCCCCGGCGGUGGCGGAUUUCUCCGGACGUGGUCCCAGCGCGGUAAAUGAGGGAAUCUUGAAACCGGAUAUUGUGGGUCCCGGAGUGAAUGUGGCGGCGGCGUGGCCGUUUCCGGUUGGUCCGCCAGCUCUCGAUGCCGGAAACUUGACAUUGCCGACGUUUAAUAUGGUGUCGGGGAGUUCGGCGUCAGCGGCUGUGUUGGCCGGAGUGGCGUCUUUGUUGAAACUUUCGCAUCCAGAUUGGUCGCCGGCGGCCAUAAAGUCAGCGAUGAUGACGACGGCGGAUCUGUUGGAUAGGGACGGAGGGGUGAUUGUCGACGAGACGCUCGGCGACGCAGGAUACUUCGCCCUCGGCGCCGGGCAUGUGAACCCGACCCGAGCCGAUGACCCGGGACUUGUUUAUGACCUGCAACCUGGAGAUUAUGUUCCAUAUCUUUGUGGACUGGGCUAUACCGAUAAACAGGUGAUUCCCCUUGUCCUUGUUUCUCCCUCUGUUCCGAUUAAUUCUCCUGCUUGUGAUAAUUCUACGGAUAAGGGUGCUGUUGUUUUGGAGCGAGGAGUUUUAGAUUGUCAAAUUAUUGUUAAUGAUCCGACGGUUGAUGCUUUGCCUUUAGUUGUUGAGGUGGGUGAGGUCUUGCCUGAUGUUGAUUGUCGGGUUUGCUCGCCUGAUGCUUUGGAGCCUCCUGGGGUGGCAGUGAGAGUUGUUGAUCCUGUUUUAUUUUCUCCUAAUGUUGAUAUUUCCAAUGGCGUUGUUGAUGGUUAUGUUUUGGCUCAUAAUAAUGUGAAUGUUAUCGAUUCUCCUCGCGUCGAUGGUGCGCGCGAGGGUGUGGGUAACUGUACAGUGGAUGCUAGGGAAGGUGUUGAAAGGCUGGAUAGUAGUUUUGGUAUAACUGAGGAUGUUAAUUUUGCCUUAUCACCUAAUGAUGCACCUUUUUUUCCACCUACUUUACCGUCUACUUGUAAUGGGAUCUUAUCGGUUAACGUUGCGGGAAAUCCUGUUGAGGAUCAUCCUGGGGUUCUUACUCCGAUCCUGGAUGUGGCUGUGACUCAGGCUUGUACUCAGGUUGCAAAUAAUUUCAUUUAUGUUCCCGUCAGUUUGGUCGAUACGCGAAUUGUGGGCACUUCCUUAGGCGACAGUUCUGGUCUGGAUAUUAGGAACCAUAUUAAUUGGUUAGACUCUUCUGAUGGUGAUCCUAAUUCCGAAUUUUCUAAUGGUGGUGGUUUGGCGUCUCCAGAUUUUUGUGAGGGUUCGGACCCGGGAUAUGAUUUCACUAUUGUUAAUGUUAGGCCCACUAUUAAUGUUGGAUCUCGGGGUAGAGCUCGUGGCAGGGGCAGGGGCCGCCGUAGGCGAUAA